ACACACGUUGGUUGCAAGUUUCAGUUUGAAUCAAACCGCCAUAUUCCAAAAACACAAAGAAACACACCUCUCUCGGAGUGAGUUAAACGUCGACGUUUAAUUAGAAACCCUAGCCUAGGAUCCCUCAUUCCAGUUCCACGCAGUUCAUGUUCGUCGCUAUCCCGGCGGUAGAGCUUGAUGGCGACCAUAAGGCCUUUGCCGGAGGCUCUUCGUAGUUCAAUUCGUUCUGGCAUUUCCUUGUUCGAUUUUACAAGAAUCGUCGAGGAACUCGUUUACAAUAGCCUCGACGCUCGUGCUUCGAAGGUAUCAGUGUUUGUUAAUGUUGGGAGGAGUUACUUAAAAGUAGUUGAUGACGGAGAUGGAAUCACUCGAGAUGGACUGGAGUUGGUUGGAGAAAGAUAUGCAACAUCAAAGUUUCUUAAUUUGGCUGACCUAAAUGCCACAAGUGGAAACUUUGGUUUUCGUGGUGAAGCUUUAGCUUCCAUCUCCGAAAUCUCUUUGUUGGAAAUAGUGACGAGAGCUUAUGGAAGGGCAAAUGGAUAUAGAAAAGUAUUGAAGGGGUGCAAGUGUUUACAUCUUGGUAUUGAUGGUGAUAGAAAAGAAGUAGGCACAACAGUCAUUGUCUGUGAAAUAUUUUACAACCAACCAGUUCGGAGGAAACACAUUCAAUCCAGCCCCAUUAAGGUACUUCAAUCAAUCAAGAACUGUGUAAUGCGGCUUGCACUUGUGUGCCCAAAUAUUUCCUUCAAAGUUGUUGAUAUUGAAAGAGAGGAUGAGCUUUUUUGUUCACAUUCUUCUCCUUCUCCGCUGUCCCUUGUAACCACUGGCUUUGGGGUGGAGGUCACAAACUCUCUUUAUGAAUUAGAAGUUGAAAACGGUAUCAUAAAACUUACUGGAUACAUAUCAGGUCCUUGCAAUACCCUGAAUAUGAAGGCCUUACAGUAUCUCUAUAUCAACUCACAGUUCGUUUGCAAGGGCCCAAUUCAUAAGCUUUUAAGUCAAUUGGCUAUUAGGUUUGAGGAUCAUAACUCAUGGAAUGCUGAUAAUGAAUGCCCAAACAAAAAGAGAAGCAGAUCUCAACCAUGUCCAGGAUACAUCUUGAAUUUAAGGUGCCCCCGCUCUUUAUAUGUUUUGACCUUUGAGCCAUCAAAAACUUAUGUUGAAUUCAAGGAUUGGGCUCCAAUACUAAACUUCGUUGAAAAGGUCAUCAAACAAUUAUGGGAGGGAAGCAUAGCUUGUGGAGAUUCCUCCCAGAAAUCCACUUAUAUGGUUCAAGAAGAUCAACGGGAGAAAGUAGAUGCAGAUGUCAACACAAUUUCAGCGGAAGCAGAUAUAUCAAAAUUUGGAAACCAAAAUCGUAAGGAUUGUUUAGACCUCUUCUUUUCCACUUCACACAGGCUAACUGAAGAUGACAACCAUCAAUGCAACAGGGAGGAUGUGAGAACCUCUGUUGGUUACUUACAUCGAGGGACCAAGAUGUUCGGAGAGAAACAAAAUAAGGAAGGCCUUCUUUGUCAGACCGGUUAUUCUGGCAAUUCACUGGAUGUUUCAUACGCCAAAAGCAUGUCUAUCAUAAAAAAGAAUAGCAGUUUUUUGAGGUAUGAUAACAAUGAUAUAUUACAAGGAGAUUACUUUUUGGAUGUUAUGUGUCCUGCUGUAGAAAGUUUCUAUGAUAAUAUACCUUUUUAUGCAUCAAGUUCUUCACAUGGAAGAAAAUUAAAUAAAGUAGAUGCUGGUGUGAUCUGUGGAUCAUUUGAAGAUUAUGAUUGCCAUGGGCUCGGUUAUGAUGUAGAGAUUAGUGGGGAUUUUCAGAAGCCUUUUCUAAAGAGCUGCUCUACACAUAAAGGAAAUAUCCUGCACGAGAAGGCUUUGCUUGUAAGUGAUGAACUUGAACUCCAAACUGAUAGCUUUUGGAGCGAGCAAAAUCUAGGGGAGGAUUGUUGCAGUGGUAAGGAUUUGUAUGCCCGUCCUUGUGUAAAAGUUGCAAAAAAAUUGAAGACCUCUGAAGAUGAUGAUUUUCUCCCUUCAAAUCCAUGGUAUUCGGCAACACAAAAAGAAAACACUGGUUCUGAUGAUCUGUUGUCAAACUCUGAAUGGCAUCCUGUCUAUCAAGAAGCCACGUUUCAAGCUACUGCAUUGGGUGUUUAUCAUACCAUUGAUAGUAAUGAUCUUGAAGGAGCAUCUAGAUGCUAUAAAAGGAUUCAUGGUACACAAAUUUUUGAUGAGGAAGAAAAUUGGAAAAACUUCAGUUACGAUCUUGGAGGAACAUCUAGAUGCUGUAAAAAGAUCCAUCGUACACAUAUUUUUGACGAAGAAGAAACUGGGAACAACCUCGGUGAUGAUAUGUCAAGGAAUGCUAUCCAGCAUCCCUGCACUUCAAGUUUUGCCAAUAGUGGAUUUAGUUUUGAUGGUGCUGUUGAUUGUAAUGGAAUAUUCAACAGAUUGGUUGACUGGCCUGAUUUCGGUGAUACAUAUUUCACUAAAAGGUUGGAUAUUUUAAAUGAGGAUCCAGACUGGCUAUUACGUGAGUCAAGUAUUAGAAACUCUAAGAGACCCAAUACUAACAAAGGCAAAAAGGAUCAAUUUAGGCAUCCAACUUUGGAGAAGACUCAAGUAAGAUCUAAAAGAAGCUUCUCAGCUCCUCCAUUUCAUAGAAGUAAAAGGAGGUUUUUCUCUUUAAAUCAGCCUCCAGAAACGGUAGCUAAAAGACCUACUGGCAAAGCAUCCCACCCUACUUCCAAUCUUCUAGUAGCUAGUGAUUCUAAAUACUCUCAACAUCCUCCUGGUGAUGCUAGUAAUGAAGAUCUAUUGCAAGAAUUAAAAACUAAUGUGAAAGGGUGUUCGGAGGUUCUGGAGGCUACACAGGUUAAUGACAUUGCCGAGAUUGAUGGGUCUGAAAUUUUUAAAAUUCAACAGAAUGAUCCAAUCAGGGAAUCGGUAUCUAGGGAAGUACAAGAUUCCAUAGAUUAUGGGACCAAAUGGAGGAGCUGCUCACCUCAAACUCAUAAGAAAGAUAAACUAGUUGACAUUCAAAGUCAAAAAAAUGUACUGGACAUCUCUUCUGGGUUCUUGCAUCUUGCUGGAGAUUCACUAAUACCUGAAACUAUCAGUAAGAAAUGCCUCGAGGAUGCCAAAGUUCUCCAUCAGGUGGAUAAGAAAUUCAUUCCAAUCGUGGCUGGCAGAACCCUUGCUGUUAUUGAUCAGCAUGCUGCAGAUGAAAGAAUCAGACUGGAAGAAUUGCGCCAAAAGGUAUUAUCUGGAGAAGCAAAAGCAAUAACCUAUCUAGAUGCUGAAGAGGAGCUGGUGCUUCCGGAGAUUGGUUAUCAACUACUUCAUAGUUACAAUGAACAGAUUAAAGAUUGGGGCUGGAUCUGUAACAUUCAUUCUCAAAAUUCAGAUUCCUUUAGAAGGAAUUUGGAUAUUCUCAACAGACAAAUGACCGUCACUCUUGUUGCUGUACCAUACAUUUUAGGUGUCAAUUUAAACGAUGUUGAUCUUUUAGAGUUUCUUCAGCAGCUAGCUGAUACUGAUGGAUCAUCAACAAUGCCACCCUCUGUGGUACGGCUCCUAAAUUUGAAAGCAUGCAGAGGUGCAAUUAUGUUUGGGGAUUCAUUGCUACCAUCAGAAUGUUCCCUUCUAGUUGAAGAGCUAAAGCAUACAUCACUUUGUUUCCAGUGUGCUCAUGGGCGACCAACCACUGUUCCUCUGGUAAACUUGGAGGCACUGCAUAAUCAAAUAGCCAAGCUUGGAUUGAUGAGUGAUGGCUCAAGUAAUAAGUGGCAUGGAUUACAAAGACAGAAAGUUUGCAUUGAUCGUGCAGUACAGCGUUUACAUUCCGCAAGGAGUUGAGACUUCAGAAGAAACUGAAGUUGUUGUUACUACUACUAGUGAUGAGAUCAAUUCGACAGAAAUAAUGCUCCACUGCAAAACCAUUCUUUUUUAUCCGAGUGUACUGCAAUAUUGUUUAGUUAAGAAUAAUGAAACAACUGUCAAACAGUUGCUUACAUGGAUAUAAUGCCAUUUGAUAAAGAUGUGACAAUAAUUGAUGAGUUACCGUGAAAACAUCAAUAAUUGAUAUACAAUUUAGUUUAGGGCUAACUAUCUGUGUAUCAAUAUAGAAUGGAUGAGUUAAAAUGCAAAACCA